ACAACGUUUAAAAAAAUAUUCAACGAUUGACAUUUGACCACGGAUCUGUCAUAAGGGUCACAAUAAGUAUAAUCAAAAGAAAUUGAAUCAGAGAAAUUUAAAUUUUAAAAGAUCAAACCUCAGCAAAGGCUUAAAAUGGAGGAGAACUUUAAAGUGCCCAGUUUAGACAACCGAAUCAAGUUUGUCGCACGUAAAUCAUCUGAAAAAUCAUCGAACGACAACAGCGAACAACCGUCCAGUACGUCUGACAGUGAAUUGUCGCCCGAUGCGGACAAGAAAACCAAAACAAAUCCACCACCAGUGAAACAAAGUCAACUGAAAUGUCCAUACGUUGAACCGAAAUGGUCGGAAAAGUCAGAGCAUGUGUACAGUUUUGAAGUUCUAAAAGGUGGCCUCAUCGCAGAAACGUUUAAGGAUCUGCAAAAUAAGGCGUAUUGGUUAAUUGGAAAAUUGCCGGAUAACCACAUAUCAAUGGCUCAUCCAACAGUGUCACGUUAUCACGCUGUGUUUCAGUAUCGACCUGAUGUCAAGAGCGAAUCUGAUGAGACUGCCGAAGAAGAAGCUGAAAGUGAGGUAAAGAAACCAGACAUCGAAAAGGGAUGGUAUUUGUACGAUCUGAACAGUACACACGGCAGUUUUGUCAAUAAGACGCGAAUACCUCCAAAAACGUACGUCAGAGUGAGGGUUGGAUAUAUGCUGAAAUUCGGUGGCAGUACACGGAAUUUCAUACUACAGGGUCCCGAAUUCGAUGAAGAAGCGGAAUCCGAUUUGUCGGUGACUGAAAUCAAGGAACUUCGCCGUAAAAAGGAGGAAGAAUAUGUGGAAAAUCUAAAAGCUGAAGAGAAACGUAAAGAAUCUGAAGGCAUCAGUUGGGGCAUGACCGAAGAUGCCGAAGAAGAAACUGAUCUCUCGAUAAAUCCAUUUGCUACAACCAAUAACGAAGAGCUGUUCCUGCAAGAUCCGAAGAAAACGCUUCGAGGGUACUUCGAACGAGAAGGACACGAUCUGGAUUACAAAGUGGACGAAAUGUCUCCCGGAACAUUUUUAUGUCGAAUUGAACUGCCAGUGAGUGAUGCGAAUGGGCGACCGAUGAUAGCUGAGGUGUGUCACAAGGGCAAGAAAAAGGAAUGCGUUCUACAGUGUGCUCUCGAAGCAUGUCGGAUACUAGACAGACAGGGAGUGUUAAGGCAAGCGAAUCAUGAAUCACGCAAAAGGAAAAUUGAGCAUCACUCCGAUUCGGACGGCGAUGAUGAGUUUUACGAUAGAACUGGAGACGUGGAACGAAAAAAGCAGCAACGAGAAGCAGGAAAUCAGAGGAACGCCCUCAGCUACAAUGAAUUGUUGGAACAGGAACAGCAGCUUUUACAAAAUUUAAGCGAAAUAAACACAAAAAUUGACAACUACAAGAAACUGGAAAAGAAGCUGAAAGAGCGAUCGUACCAGGAGGAUGACUUAGACGAAUUCAUGUCUACUUUGACCAGCGAGACACUGAUUGAUAAAACAGAAAUCCGAAAAUUAAGGUUUGAAGCGCAACGCAUCAAUAACGAGCACACCAAUCUGAAACGUUUAAUUAAAAUUGCCCGUCCUGUUGAUCUCAUGCCUUUGCAUACAGAGACGAAGCAAACAGACAGCACGAAGAAAACUCCAACGCUUCCCCUGUUCGGCAAACGUGGCACAUUCAAAUACACUUCUGUUGCACCUGAAGUCAAAUCGAGGAAUUCCGUUCUACCAAUAACCAACAACCAAUCUGAUGAAGAAGAAGUUGAAGAAAUGGAUGAAAAGGAAGACACAGAAAAAGCCGCACCUGUGGAUAAGAAGACGGUUUUAGACAGUGAACAAAUUGCUGAGCCUUCAACAUCAUCCCGAUUGAUCAGUAUUCCAUCCAAACCAAUCGAACAAGAAUCGAAAGCUGAACCGUCUGAAGUUCAAGACAAAACUGUAGUUCCUGAUGCCAACGCUGAAGCUAAUACAAAAACAAUUAGUACAACUGGCAGUAACAACAGCAGUAGCACCAGUAACAGCACAAAGAAAAAGCGUAAUCGGAUUCGGAUCCGUACAGAUAAAAAUCGAGAGAAUGUUGAUUUUGAUGAAGAAAUGGUUGACACAGAGAAAUAUUCCACGUGGCUUCCCCCUCAAGGUCAGAGUGGAGAUGGUAGUACCGAUUUAAAUGUAAAAUAUGGCUAUUAAUAAAACCAUAACCCAAACAGUCAUCUGUCUCAUUAGACGCGUACAAGACUUA